AGUUCAAACUCUUUAUUUCCACUCAUGGCAGUAUAUAAACCCUGCCCAUUUCCACUUUUGGCUGAAUGGGACCGUUUUUAAAAAGCCCCGGUCACGCAUAAACAGGAGUUUUGGAGUUUCCGAGGCGGCCGUGAACGCAGCAAACGGAUCAAGCUGGAGGAGCGUAAAAAGUGAACGCGAGCAGGAGCCGCGAGGACAACAAGUUAGCGCGGAUAAUGGGACCAUUGUGCUCCAGCAAGGCAGAUCGCAGGCGUGUUUAUUGAGCCGUCACAUGCCGCCGGACAACUUUUAGCUCGGAUUCAGUCGUCGUUUCGUUUGGCGGGUCAGUUAGAAACAGAGUUCUGCUUUCAGUCGGAUGUCAGUGAGUGAGACAGGUCACUUUUAAAGACAGGCAGGCAGACAGGUCGGCUGCACGGCUUCCGCUGGGGGACAUUUCGGCUCCGUUCAGUUCAAUGUCCACAGUAAACUGCACGGAGGAGCUGGACUUCAGACUCAUCUUCGAGGAAGACGGCAGGCAGACGGCAGGUCCAGAUCUCGAUGUGAGGACGUUUCCCUCCUCCGCGCAGGCUCUGGUCGAGCAGCCCUUCAUCCAGGAGCUGCAGAGUUCCCCCUCAUGUUUCACCUCAGACCCACAUGUUGGAUACCAACUUCAGGGGCCCCAGUACGGUGCCCAGGUGAACCCCAGAGCCUUUGACUGCCCCAGCAUCCAGAUUACCUCCAUUGCUCCAAACAACCAUUUGGAGCCCGACAGUAGCCAAGAUGUUUUGGCAGUGGGCGGGGCAGAGGGGGGUUACAGCGAUGCAUCCUGGUCCAGAGACCAGCUCUACCUCUCUCUGGAGCCCCGCUACCGGGAUCCGGCUCUGUGCCCGAGCCCCUGCAGCAGCCUGUCCUCCAGGAGCUGGAUCUCCGACCUCUCCUCCUGCGAGUCUUUCUCGCAUACCUACGAUGACGCGGAGGGGGAGCUGCCUGAUGCCGCCCGCCUCGCUAUGGUCCCCCUCGGCUCGCCUUUUGGUUCCCCGGGAUGCGGGGGCGGAGCCUUUGGGGUGGAGCUGUGGCAGCAGAAGUACCAGCAUCCUUUGGCCUUCAACCCGGCGCUCUCGCCCCAUCAGUCACCUCGCCAGUCACCUCGCCAAUCACCCCGCCAGUCGCCGUGUCACUCUCCUCGCACCAGUGUGACAGAAGAGAGUUGGCUCAACCGCCGGCCCACUUCCAGGCCGUCAUCCAGGCCAACCUCCCCCUGUGGUAAGAGACGCCACUCCAGCGCUGACCCUCAUGCCCGCUCUCCGUCCCCUCACCACUCACCCAGCCCCACGCCAGGCGCCUCCCCACGGGGCAGCGUGACAGAUGAAACCUGGGUGGGAAGCCCUGCCGGCGCCCUCGGACCCCUCCUCAUGUGCGGAUUUCCUGAGCUGGACGUUCCCUCCAAGACAAGGAGGACGUCGGGGAGCCAGUUGGUCCUCCUGGCAGGUCAAGUGGACGCCAGUCUGGAGUCCUUCCAGGAUCCUCCCGCAGAAGAGGGGCGGGAACAAGAGGGCCUGGCCGAGCUCUUCCUUCAGGUGCCCUCCCACUUUACCUGGAACAAACCCAAACCCGGAAACCCCCCUCUGUUCAGGACCUCAUCCCCCCCUCCUCUGGACUGGCCUCUGCCCAGCCAGUAUGACCAGUGCGAGCUGAAGGUGGAGGUCCAGCCCAAGUCCUACCACAGGGCGCAUUACGAGACGGAGGGCAGCCGCGGAUCCAUCAAGGCAGCUGCUGGACAUCCUAUCGUUAAGUUGCACGGAUGCAGCGAGCAGCGGGUCGGUCUGGUGCUGUUCAUUGGCACCGCGGACGACCGAUACCUUCGUCCUCACCCCUUCUACCAGGUCCACCGAGUGACGGGGAAGACAGUCACCACCAUGUGCCAGGAGAAAAUUAUGGAUUCCACUAAAGUCCUGGAGAUCCCUCUGCUUCCAGAGAACGACAUGUCUGCCAGCAUCGACUGCGCCGGCAUCCUGAAGCUGCGUAACGCUGACAUCGAGCUGAAGAAAGGAGAGACGGACAUCGGGCGGAAGAACACGAGGGUACGGGUGGUGUUCAGGGUCGCCAUCCCUCAGCCCGACGGCCAGAUUCUGUGGCUGCAGACGGCGUCGAUUCCCGUGGAGUGCUCCCAGCGCUCGGGUCAGGAGCUCCCUCAGGUGGACAGCUUCAGUCCAGCCAGCGGCUCCGUGGAGGGAGGAGAGGAGCUGCUCAUAACCGGUCCCAACAUUUCCGCUCAGUCCAGGGUUGUUUUCAUGGAGAGAGGGCCUGAUGGAAGAUCGCUGUGGGAAACCGAUGCCAGAGUCGUGUCUGAAAAAUGCAGCGGAUCCAGCAUCGUGGUGGAGGUUCCUGUGUACAAUAAGAAGGCGACGUCGCCGGUCCAGGUCCAGUUCUACGUCACUAACGGGAAGAGAAGGAAAAGUGUGACGCAGAGCUUCACCUACCUGCCUGGAGUCAGACACCACCUUCCUCCCGCUGUCGCCACAGUCAAGCAGGAGCGCUGGGAGCCAGAUCACAUCUCCCAGAAUCCACCUGGCUUCAGCUCGACGGCCUCGUGCGACGGCACGCUCGGUCCUGACGUGGCGUACUAUGGUUCCUGUGACCUCCUGGUGCAGUGUGGUCCCCAAAGCAACCCCCAUCUCCACCAUCCUCACUCCUCUGCUCCCCUUCAGACCCCUUUAAUGUAUCCUCAGACCUCCUCGGCCCCGCUCCAAGUCUCCUCCUUGCCAUCGCAGACCACCUUGAUUCCCCUUCAGACCUCCGUCAUGGCUCCUCAGAUUACCACGAUUCCUCAUCCAGCCUCUUCUGUCCCGCUUCAGACCUUCUCCGUACCUCCACACUCCUCCCCUGGUGGAUCUCAGAGGGAACUGUCUCUGAGUCCCAGGAGUACCUUUGUGACCUCCGCCGACCCCCAGAAGGACUCUGUGCUGGCCGGGCCGGGGGAGGCGCUCAUCAUCAAGCAGGAGCCGGAGGAGCAGCCGCCUCUGGGAUCUUUAGGCCUCCAGGAGAUCACGCUGGAUGAUGUGAACGAGAUCAUCGACAGGGACAUCGGCGGUCUGGGCGGCAGCGACCAACCCGACCGGUACGACUGGGAGCCAAAGUCCGGCGCCGGCACCUUACCGUUCUGCGGAGGCCCCCAGUAGCACCACCGCUCUCAGGAACGUCGUUUUUCUUCUGCUGUUUGCACAAAGUGCUCCAAACUGAUCUUCAAGUGCCUGAAAACGUCAGAUGACAGUUUCCUCAUCUGUCUCAGGAAUUUUAGAGAGAAACCGACUCGUACCUCACAGACAAACCAAAGAUUUAACUUUUCAUGAGCGAAUCGGAGGAAGAUUAAAGGGCUGAAAUUUAACUUUGUUAUAAUAAUUCUAACGAUCGGUAACGUCAGACGUAAAAUAAGAAAAUUCUGUUAUUUAUUGGCCAGUAAAUUACAAAUAAUCUAUUUUUGAUACUCUGGAUCUGAUCCUCAAACCUGAAAUCCUUCAGCUGAUUUACAUUUUUAUAGCUUCGUUUUACACUUGUUUACAUUUCCUUUGCCCGGUUUAAUGUUGACGCUUCUCCACCGAACUGUUGUGGUGUGACACGGCGUUUUAGAAACAUGUUUAAGGUUGAAGUAAAAUGAAAAACAAACUU